AUGGAAGGUAACGAUACACCAACAAAGUCUGUUAAAGAAGGAGAAAGUUUAUCAGGUAGUGAUUCCAGUGAAGAGCCGCGUCAACCCUCUAAGGGCUCCCCCAAUAAAAAAGAUAGCACCUCUGCAAAGGGUUCUAAGGAAAAAGUUACACCUCCCAAUAAAGGAUACUUCAAUGAAGUGCUGAAAAAGCUUUUCAAGGGCUCCUCAAGUGAAGAAGACCAAAGCCGUAACUCAGGAAGAAAAGAUUCUAAACAGAAUGACAGCAAGCCCAGUAAAGGAUAUUUCAAUGAAUUCAUCAAAAGAAUUUUCAAAAGUUCUUCAAGCGAAGAAAACCAAAACGGCAACUCUGGAAGAAGUGAUUCUCAAGAAAAAGUCAGCAAAACAGAUAAAGGAUUCUUAAAUGAAAUAAUCAACAAGGUUUUUAAAGACUUUUUAAGCGAGGAAGCCGAUUUACCCACAAUCUUCCAGUCUGGUAAAGAUGUCGAUAGCUCAGAGCUACUAAAGGUCGUUGGUUAUGGAAUAUGUUCAACACAGCAAAUGGCCAGUGAAAUUGAGUGUAACGUAAGAUCAGACUUGAGCAUCAAGAAUAAAAAUUCAGUAUCACAGUGUAACAGGGACACUGCUAUUGCUUGCCUACUGGCCAGACAGGAAGGAAUUGAUGCACCAGUAUGUGACUAUUAUAGUAUUAGGGUACUAUGCUGUUCUAAAGUCUGUGGUGAAACAAGAGUUUAUACCGAAUCUACAAGUGAAACACCAACCACCUCUAUCUCAACUAAAACAUCUACACCACCAUAUUAUCAUUCUACAACUAUAAGUGAGAAAACAACCAGCCCCAUUUCAACUAUAAGCACAACCAAGACAACCCCAACAUCAACCUCUCAUUCUACUACACCAACAAGCCAAACCACAACCACUUCACCAUCAACCUCAAUAAGGUCAACCCCCACAUCUACCUCUGUUUCUACACCAACCACCUCUAUCUCAACUAAAACAUCUACACCACCAUAUUAUGAUUCUACAACUACAAGUGAGAGAACAACCAGCCCCAUUUCAACUAUAAGCACAACCAAGACAACCCCAAUAUCAACCUCUUAUUCUACUACACCAACAAGCCAAACCACAACCACUUCACCAUCAACCUCAAUAAGGUCAACCCCCACAUCUACCUCUGUUUCUACACCAACCACCUCUAUCUCAACUAAAACAUCUACACCACCAUAUUAUGAUUCUACAACUACAAGUGAGAGAACAACCAGCCCCAUUUCAACUAUAAGCACAACCAAGACAACCCCAAUAUCAACCUCUUAUUCUACUACAACAACAAGCAAAACCACAACUACUUCACCAUCAACCUCAACGAGGUCAACCCCCACAUCUACCCCUGUUUCUACAAGUAGGAGUACAAGUGGAACGACAGUUUCAUCAACACCGCCCACUCAUUCAUCAACCAGUGUUUCAACUACUUCUUCAACAACUUGUCCAUACGCAUAUUCCAUGAAAUGCUAUUGGUCAUCAUUUAUGGAAGGUAACGAUACACCAACAAAGUCUGUUAAAGAAGGAGAAAGUGUAUCAGGAAGUGAUUCCAGUGAAGAGCCUCGUCAACCCUCUAAGGGCUCCCCCAAUAAAAAAGAUAGCACCUCUGCAAAGGGUUCUAAGGAAAAAGUUACACCUCCCAAUAAAGGAUACUUCAAUGAAGUGCUGAAAAAGCUUUUCAAGGGCUCCUCAAGUGAAGAAGACCAUAGCCGUAACUCAGGAAGAAAAGAUUCUAAACAGAAUGACAGCAAGCCCAGUAAAGGAUAUUUCAAUGAAUUCAUCAAAAGAAUUUUCAAAAGUUCUUCAAGCGAAGAAAACCAAAACGGUAACUCUGGAAGAAGUGAUUCUCAAGAAAAAGUCAGCAAAACAGAUAAAGGAUUCUUAAAUGAAAUAAUAAACAAGGUUUUUAAAGACUUUUCAAGCGAGGAAGCCGAUUUACCCACAAUCUUCCAGUCUGGUAAAGAUGUUGAUAGCUCAGAGCUACUAAAGGUCGUUGGUUAUGGAAUAUGUUCAACACAGCAAAUGGCCAGUGAAAUUGAGUGUAACGUAAGAUCAGACUUGAGCAUCAAGAAGAAAAAUUCAGUAUCACAGUGUAACAGGGACACUGCUAUUGCUUGCCUACUGGCCAGACAGGAAGGAAUCGAUGCACCAGUAUGUGACUAUUAUAGUAUUAGGGUACUAUGCUGUUCUAAAGUCUGUGGUGAAACAACAGCACUUACCGAAUCUACAAGUGAAACACCAACCACCUCUAUCUCAACUAAAACAUCUACAUCACCAUAUUAUCAUUCUACAACUAUAAGUGAGAAAACAACCAGCCCCAUUUCAACUAUAAGCACAACCAAGACAACCCCAACAUCAACCUCUCAUUCUACUACACCAACAAGCCAAACCACAACCACUUCACCAUCAACCUCAAUAAGGUCAACCCCCACAUCUACCUCUGUUUCUACACCAACCACCUCUAUCUCAACUAAAACAUCUACACCACCAUAUUAUGAUUCUACAACUACAAGUGAGAGAACAACCAGCCCCAUUUCAACUAUAAGCACAACCAAGACAACCCCAAUAUCAACCUCUUAUUCUACUACAACAACAAGCAAAACCACAACUACUUCACCAUCAACCUCAACGAGGUCAACCCCCACAUCUACCCCUGUUUCUACAAGUAGGAGUACAAGUGGAACGACAGUUUCAUCAACACCGCCCACUCAUUCAUCAACCAGUGUUUCAACUACUUCUUCAACAACUUGUCCAUACGCAUAUUCCAUGAAAUGCUAUUGGUCAUCAUUUAUGGAAGGUAACGAUACACCAACAAAGUCUGUUAAAGAAGGAGAAAGUUUAUCAGGAAGUGAUUCCAGUGAAGAGCCUCGUCAACCCUCUAAGGGCUCCCCCAAUAAAAAAGAUAGCAGCUCUGCAAAGGGUUCUAAGGAAAAAGUUACACCUCCCAAUAAAGGAUACUUCAAUGAAGUGCUGAAAAAGCUUUUCAAGGGCUCCUCAAGUGAAGAAGACCAAAGCCGUAACUCAGGAAGAAAAGAUUCUAAACAGAAUGACAGCAAGCCCAGUAAAGGAUAUUUCAAUGAAUUCAUCAAAAGAAUUUUCAAAAGUUCUUCAAGCGAAGAAAACCAAAACGGUAACUCUGGAAGAAGUGAUUCUCAAGAAAAAGUCAGCAAAACAGAUAAAGGAUUCUUAAAUGAAAUAAUCAACAAGGUUUUUAAAGACUUUUCAAGCGAGGAAGCCGAUUUACCCACAAUCUUCCAGUCUGGUAAAGAUGUUGAUAGCUCAGAGCUACUAAAGGUCGUUGGUUAUGGAAUAUGUUCAACACAGCAAAUGGCCAGUGAAAUUGAGUGUAACGUAAGAUCAGACUUGAGCAUCAAGAAGAAAAAUUCUGUAUCACAGUGUAACAGGGACACUGCUAUUGCUUGCCUACUGGCCAGACAGGAAGGAAUCGAUGCACCAGUAUGUAACUAUUAUAGUAUUAGGGUACUAUGCUGUUCUAAAGUCUGUGGUGAAACAACAGCACUUACCGAAUCUACAAGUGAAACACCAACCACCUCUAUCUCAACUAAAACAUCUACAUCACCAUAUUAUCAUUCUACAACUAUAAGUGAGAAAACAACCAGCCCCAUUUCAACUAUAAGCACAACCAAGACAACCCCAACAUCAACCUCUCAUUCUACUACACCAACAAGCCAAACCACAACCACUUCACCAUCAACCUCAAUAAGGUCAACCCCCACAUCUACCUCUGUUUCUACACCAACCACCUCUAUCUCAACUAAAACAUCUACACCACCAUAUUAUGAUUCUACAACUACAAGUGAGAGAACAACCAGCCCCAUUUCAACUAUAAGCACAACCAAGACAACCCCAAUAUCAACCUCUUAUUCUACUACAACAACAAGCAAAACCACAACUACUUCACCAUCAACCUCAACGAGGUCAACCCCCACAUCUACCCCUGUUUCUACAAGUAGGAGUACAAGUGGAACGACAGUUUCAUCAACACCGCCCACUCAUUCAUCAACCAGUGUUUCAACUACUUCUUCAACAACUUGUCCAUACGCAUAUUCCAUGAAAUGCUAUUGGUCAUCAUUUAUGGAAGGUAACGAUACACCAACAAAGUCUGUUAAAGAAGGAGAAAGUUUAUCAGGUAGUGAUUCCAGUGAAGAGCCGCGUCAACCCUCUAAGGGCUCCCCCAAUAAAAAAGAUAGCAGCUCUGCAAAGGGUUCUAAGGAAAAAGUUACACCUCCCAAUAAAGGAUACUUCAAUGAAGUGCUGAAAAAGCUUUUCAAGGGCUCCUCAAGUGAAGAAGACCAAAGCCGUAACUCAGGAAGAAAAGAUUCUAAACAGAAUGACAGCAAGCCCAGUAAAGGAUAUUUCAAUGAAUUCAUCAAAAGAAUUUUCAAAAGUUCUUCAAGCGAAGAAAACCAAAACGGCAACUCUGGAAGAAGUGAUUCUCAAGAAAAAGUCAGCAAAACAGAUAAAGGAUUCUUAAAUGAAAUAAUCAACAAGGUUUUUAAAGACUUUUCAAGCGAGGAAGCCGAUUUACCCACAAUCUUCCAGUCUGGUAAAGAUGUCGAUAGCUCAGAGCUACUAAAGGUCGUUGGUUAUGGAAUAUGUUCAACACAGCAAAUGGCCAGUGAAAUUGAGUGUAACGUAAGAUCAGACUUGAGCAUCAAGAAUAAAAAUUCAGUAUCACAGUGUAACAGGGACACUGCUAUUGCUUGCCUACUGGCCAGACAGGAAGGAAUUGAUGCACCAGUAUGUGACUAUUAUAGUAUUAGGGUACUAUGCUGUUCUAAAGUCUGUGGUGAAACAAGAGUUUAUACCGAAUCUACAAGUGAAACACCAACCACCUCUAUCUCAACUAAAACAUCUACACCACCAUAUUAUCAUUCUACAACUAUAAGUGAGAAAACAACCAGCCCCAUUUCAACUAUAAGCACAACCAAGACAACCCCAACAUCAACCUCUCAUUCUACUACACCAACAAGCCAAACCACAACCACUUCACCAUCAACCUCAAUAAGGUCAACCCCCACAUCUACCUCUGUUUCUACACCAACCACCUCUAUCUCAACUAAAACAUCUACACCACCAUAUUAUGAUUCUACAACUACAAGUGAGAGAACAACCAGCCCCAUUUCAACUAUAAGCACAACCAAGACAACCCCAAUAUCAACCUCUUAUUCUACUACAACAACAAGCAAAACCACAACUACUUCACCAUCAACCUCAACGAGGUCAACCCCCACAUCUACCCCUGUUUCUACAAGUAGGAGUACAAGUGGAACGACAGUUUCAUCAACACCGCCCACUCAUUCAUCAACCAGUGUUUCAACUACUUCUUCAACAACUUGUCCAUACGCAUAUUCCAUGAAAUGCUAUUGGUCAUCAUUUAUGGAAGGUAACGAUACACCAACAAAGUCUGUUAAAGAAGGAGAAAGUUUAUCAGGAAGUGAUUCCAGUGAAGAGCCUCGUCAACCCUCUAAGGGCUCCCCCAAUAAAAAAGAUAGCAGCUCUGCAAAGGGUUCUAAGGAAAAAGUUACACCUCCCAAUAAAGGAUACUUCAAUGAAGUGCUGAAAAAGCUUUUCAAGGGCUCCUCAAGUGAAGAAGACCAUAGCCGUAACUCAGGAAGAAAAGAUUCUAAACAGAAUGACAGCAAGCCCAGUAAAGGAUAUUUCAAUGAAUUCAUCAAAAGAAUUUUCAAAAGUUCUUCAAGCGAAGAAAACCAAAACGGUAACUCUGGAAGAAGUGAUUCUCAAGAAAAAGUCAGCAAAACAGAUAAAGGAUUCUUAAAUGAAAUAAUAAACAAGGUUUUUAAAGACUUUUCAAGCGAGGAAGCCGAUUUACCCACAAUCUUCCAGUCUGGUAAAGAUGUUGAUAGCUCAGAGCUACUAAAGGUCGUUGGUUAUGGAAUAUGUUCAACACAGCAAAUGGCCAGUGAAAUUGAGUGUAACGUAAGAUCAGACUUGAGCAUCAAGAAGAAAAAUUCAGUAUCACAGUGUAACAGGGACACUGCUAUUGCUUGCCUACUGGCCAGACAGGAAGGAAUCGAUGCACCAGUAUGUGACUAUUAUAGUAUUAGGGUACUAUGCUGUUCUAAAGUCUGUGGUGAAACAACAGCACUUACCGAAUCUACAAGUGAAACACCAACCACCUCUAUCUCAACUAAAACAUCUACAUCACCAUAUUAUCAUUCUACAACUAUAAGUGAGAAAACAACCAGCCCCAUUUCAACUAUAAGCACAACCAAGACAACCCCAACAUCAACCUCUCAUUCUACUACACCAACAAGCCAAACCACAACCACUUCACCAUCAACCUCAACGAGGUCAACCCCCACAUCCACCUUUGUUUCUUUUACAUCCACAAGCAGUACAGCCACCUCUAGUUCAACCACAUCAACAUUAAGCACAACUAAGACAAUCCCAACGUCAUCUUCUUAUUUAACUAUUUCAACAAGUGGAACUACGACUACUACAAAAUCAACCUUCUCAUCAUCACCAUCCUCAUCACCUCCUACAAGUUCAACAUCUCAAUCUACAACAUUAACAACUGUUACAUCUCAUACCCCUUAUACGUUUACUUCUACUUCUGGAACAACAACUUCACCAACAUCUACUUCAUCUUUUACUACAUCAUCAGUGUCAUCUACUUCUUAUACUACUCCUUUAUCUACAAGUGUUUUAUCUUCUAGUAGCACAAAGAUUACAUCAGGAACUAGCACAAUCUAUUCUCAGACGUCGCCAACAUCCACAUCAAUCUCAACAAUGAGCACACCACCAAUUUGUUUCUGUCAAGUAAAUAACUCACUUUUCUCACCUGGUGAGACCAUCUAUAAAAUAGCUGAUAAGAGUGGUUGUGAAUACUCUGCAAAAUGUAGCAGGGGCUGCCAACUGGAAAGAUUUGGUGCGGAUUGCCCCACAACAACAACUAGUGGAUCAACAACACCUAUUGGAUCAACAACACCUGGUGGACCAACAACACCUGGCACAACAGGAUCAAAGUUCACAACUCCUACAUCAACUUCAACAUCUACAACCCCUAUAUCUUCAACAACAUACUCUGUUAAAUCAACAUCCGUGACUACAUCAACUCUAUCAAGUUCAUCACCAUUUAUAUCGACAUCUACCAACGUGUCAUCCACAACUGGAUCAACCGCUGUAUCAUUAACAACCUUAUUCAGUUCUACAGCACCCUCAACUGCUAACACUUGUGGUGAAUGCGUAUGUCUAAUGCCAAAAUGUGGAUCUGGCUACAAAGUCGUUUCUUUCCUGCCACCUGGUGCCUGUUGUGUUAAUAUUACAUGUGCAAAUUCCCAGGUUUCUCUUCUGCCAUCCAAGAUGACCACAAUGCUUCUUAGACUACCUAAUGCAUCAGAUGUUCAUUUGGUACCCCAAGACUUCCUAUUUGUCCAGCUCUGCUUUUGGAUUGGCCAGCACUUGAACAAUGUUGGCCAAUCCAAGGGCAGCAGCAAGUAUCUUGCUCUACCAAGUGCACAGUAUGAAUCUGAAAGUCCUGAUAAAUGGUGUGAGGAAAACAGCUUACAAAGCCAUUGGAAAGACAUAUUAAGCAACAAGCAACAAAAGUUUGCCUCAAAGAACAUCAUAACAUUUACUUCAACUGUUUCAAAAAUGUCUAGAAAAGGGACAUGGCUAAGAGGAUUUAGAGGAUCUAUCAUUCCACAGCCAAAAGAUGCAUGCCAAAAAUGUGAAUGUUCUCAAGAGAUGGACAGUGAUUCAGGAUUCUAUGCUAUAAAAUGUUCACCUAUUGUUUGUGACACUACUUGCAGUCCUGGCUAUGAGUACAAAAUGAAGAGUGGACAGUGUUGCGGAGAAUGUGUGGCAAAACAAUGUGCUAUGAAGGGCGAUAACAGCACUGAUGUUUACAUUGAGGUUGGGGAGAAGUACCGUAAUGCAAAUAGUAAAUGCAGCUACUACGAAUGUAAUGAAGAAAAUGGUCAGCCCGUCCUUACCAGAGUGAAGAAGGUUUGCCAGGAGUUAGACAUCAGCAGAUGUGACCUGAACUCAAUAACAUAUGAUGAAGAUGGUUGCUGUAGAACAUGUCAACCUCGGCAAGAUAAUGUCUUAACUACAGCUAUUCCAGGAUCAGACUUAAGCACUCUUCCUCCAGGAUCAGACUUAAGCACAGUUCCUCCAGAAUCAGGUUCAAGCACAGUUCCUCCAGGAUCAGGUUCAAGCACAGUUCCUCCAGGAUCAGACUUAAGCACUCUUCCUCCAGGAUCAGACUUAAGCACUCUUCCUCCAGGAUCAGACUUAAGCACUCUUCCUCCAGGAUCAGACUUAAGCACUCUUCCUCCAGGAUCAGGUUUGAGCACUCUUCCUCCAGGAUCAGGUUCAAGCACAGUUCCUCCAGGAUCAGGUUCAAGCACAGUUCCUCCAGGAUCAGACUUAAGCACUCUUCCUCCAGGAUCAGACUUAAGCACUCUUCCUCCAGGAUCAGGUUUGAGCACUCUUCCUCCAGGAUCAGGUUCGAGCACAGUUCCUCCAGGAUCAGGUUCAAGCACAGUUCCUCCAGGAUCAUUUUCAAGCACAGUUCCUCCAGGAUCAAAUGUUACUAGCACUACUCAAGGAGCAUCAGUCACCAAAUCAUCAAGGGUUCCAGAAGACUGUGGUGUUCGUACAAAUAUUACUGUCCUGCAAGAAGAUGACUGUGUGGCAACAGUAGAGCUCACAUUCUGUGGAGGCCCCUGCAUGGGAACUUCUGUGUUCUCUAUGGCUACCAAGAGCAUGAUGCACACAUGUUCAUGCUGCUCAGAACUUGAAGUAGGCAAGAAGAGUGUCCAGCUUCUUUGCGCUAAUGGAACACGCAGAGUCUACACUUACACAGAUGUUCUCCGAUGCGGUUGUGUUAGUGCCUUCUGUACACCUGACAACAAAUUUAAUGUACUAAAUAAAUACUCUAACAGAAGCCAGGCUAUCCCAGGCAGCAACAGUAAUGAAUCUUAG